CCUCAUAAUACUCGACCUUGUUCGGGAGAGUACCUUAUGCAGUAGUUCCACUGCGUGUCGCUAGGCGGUGCACAUAUACAAAGAGAAAAACACGCAAAGCACCAUGGGACCUUACGUGACGUCACCCCUACAUCCUCGCCAUUUUUCCUUGUGCGUGUUGCGUCGGCGGGUGCUUUUGUUUCAAGCUCCUAGCUGCGCCGUUUUUUCGCGUUUUUUCGUCUAUUUGGCACCUUUUUUCGGUGCUUAACAUGCCAGAAGGAGGCAAGAAGAAGGAAAAGAAGAAGCAUUUGGCUUCGGACUCCGACAAGGGUGAAAACUCAGGUCGGAAGCGUGGCACGUCACCGGACGAACGCCCGAAAAAAUAUUUGGCUUUGGCGGCAGAGCUUAGCGCUCGAGGCUUGCCGGCGCAGCAUGCACGGGAGAAUUUGGCCAAGGAGGGCCGAGAAGGCGAUGGGUCUUCGGUGGAAGGGGACGACAGUGCUCGGCGGAGCAAGUCCCCACAUGACCCGCAUGGGGAGGGUGAAAAAUCCCCUACCAUGCCCGUUUUGGACCCAGAGGCCCAUGACAAGGAGGUCGAGCUCAACGGAACGGAGAGUCCCUUCCCCUUUCCACCUGGCUUUGAUGCUGCCGGGUUUUUGCAGUGGCUACGCAAAAAUUUGACUACACAGGAGUCCACUCCGAGUGUAGCAGCGUCAACCAGCCGAACCGGCGUGGUUGGUUCCGGGCGAAAGCAGCCGGGAAAUUUGGAGGAUGGGGAGUGUUCCGAGGAGGCCGACUCCUCCGAGUCUGAAAAAGACGAAGCUCACUCGACAAGAGGGGCGUCCACUUCGGCUGCGGCGGCAGCGGGGGUCAGCGUGGCCAGUAUCAUGAAGGCUGCAGACUGGGCCAGGGAAUCAACCUUCCAGCGGUUCUACAGAAGAGAGUCGGACCAGGCUUCCUACGGGCAAGCUGUGCUGUCCACUGCUCUGGAGUCUGCAUAAGGUACUCUCCCGAACAAGGUCGAGUAUUAUGAGGUAUAAUUGGGGGUUAUGCUAAGAUGUACUUACCAUCUACAGUAUAAUCUGAAUUAUACCUCAUACGAGACCUUGUUCGGGUAUGCUUCCCACCCUUGUAACAAUGAUUUCAGUUGUUAACUGUUCAUUUUCCCUCCCAUAUUGGACAGCACAGGGGAAGACUUUACCCGCACUUCGUCAAAAUGGCGAGGAUGUAGGGGUGACGUCACGUAAGGUCCCAUGGUGCUUUGCGUGUUUUUCUCUUUGUAUAUGUGCA